AUGUCGAAAUCAAAUCAAAUGUUUGAACGUCAUCAAGGCCAUCAUGUAGUAGAUAUCGAUGAUUUCUGGAAUGCCAAUGCGGAUAAGUAUAAAUGUUGUUGCCGUAAAGUACACGUUGUACGGGCAUCUCUAUACAUUGCGUAUGCACAAAUGUUAAUUACAUUUGUGUUUGCACUUUUCUUCGGUUUCCGAUAUAUCCAAGCCAUCACUGGACGACUGGCGCUAGAUCAUUGGAUGAAUCAGUUUGGCGAACCGCUUGUGUUUUCACUUCUUUUUGCGAUCACACUACAAAUGUUGGUUGGUUUAUUCCUAAUUCAUGGAAUACGAACCGAACGUCGCACACUUUUGCUUCCAUAUAUUGUACUGGCUUUGAUGUCUGCUGUUCUUGGUUCUUUUCAGUACAUCAAUAAAAUUUGUUUCAUAUCCACGAUUAUCAUUUUUAGCAACUUUUUCGCUCAUUUGGUUGGAACAAUGUUUCAAAUGUGGUGCGUUUUAACCAUCUGGCGAUGCUACAGUUUUCUGGGAGACAAAAAAGUUGUGCAGCAUAUUGGAGACCAGCUAUCUACGACCCACGUACCGUUCCGCUAUGAUAAUAUUCAACAUGAGUAUAAUGUAAUGGUGCAGCCACCACCGUAUGCCGAUACCGUCAUUAGUGCUGACAAACAACCUCUUACCACAUAA